GGUGCGUUGUCAAACUUUCGAGCUUUUUGAUAAUCUCCGAAGUCCGAUCUGAUUAUUUUUUUCAGUGAUUUCCAGAUCCAGAUUUUGAACUGAUUAGUGAUUAGUUAGCGAAGAUGAAUUGCGAAAAAAAAUAGAGAUUGCUAAAAAGUAAAAAUUAUCAACCAUAUUCUACUAAUUGUAUUCGCCGUCGAUUGUUUUUACGUGUGGUGCUGUGCUGUGGAAAUCUAGUGGCGUCAGCGCUGAUUAGUGAUUACGAUUUACCUACGACUAGGUUUGAUAUUUUGAUUUCUUUCACGCUCGCAAAUUCGCAAUCGUAAUUGCAGUUGCAGUCGUAGUUGCAGUACAUGAUAUAUUUUCAUAGCGGUGCACUAUCGCAUCGCAUUUUAUCGUAUAUUUCGAUUUGCGCUAGCUCUGUCGACCAUCUUUUAGCUUUUACAUAAUUGCGGUUAUUCGACUACUUCCGUCGCAGUGCGUAAUACGUAUUAUUGUUCGCGCGAAUUUCAAUUUGCUUUCGAAUCCGUACGCGGUCGCAGUUGUUUCGCGUUUGACAAUUGGGUUUUUUUUUUUUGCUUAACGUUAACGACCUGUGAUAAAUGAUUAUGUCUGCUUACUCUUACCGAGCUUAAAUUCGCAUUUCGCAUUUCGCAAUCUUAACCUCGACCUGAGAUAGACCAUCGUAUUCGUAUUUCGAGCAGCGACAACGACGACGACGACGACGACGACGACGACGCCGUAACUGAUGAAAUCGUAAUCAUGCGUUGUUUCACAUCAGCGGAGGCCACUUUUUGCAACGUACUCUGUUGAUCGACUCGGACGCUGCGCACUGGUUUGCGUAUAAAUUGUAUAGAUUUUUGGAUGGUAUAUAAAUAAGGUGGAAAAACGGGUCCUAAAAUCGUGAUAACCACCAUUAUUGUAAUCUUUGCUUUGUCGAGUUAUCUAAAAUGUGAGUCGCUAUUAUUCGUAUGCUAUCAGUUGAUGGAUAGCGACCGAGUGAUUUUGGUGGCCGGAGUGACGGCGGUGGCUGCCGUCGUGGGAACUUUCAUUCUAUGGGGCCCGUCGACUGCCAUAAGGCCGAAAAGAAAAGGUACCGUGGUAGGCUUGCAAAAUUUGGGAUUAACUUGCUACUUGAAUUCGUUAUUGCAAGCGAUGGCUUCGUGUCAUUACUUUGUGGAAUGGCUCAACACUCAGGAAAAUCAAGGCGAAGUGGCGGUCGCGAUGAGAAAACUUUCCAACGUUUUAUGCGGCCGUACCGCACCAGUCGACGACGAAUAUUUCGUAUCGCCUGUGGAAGUAGUGAACGCGUUGCACCACAGCGGCUGGAAGAUCACCAACUCUCAACAGGACGUCCACGAGCUAUUGUGCAAUUUAAUAACCAUAUUGGAAGAAGAAGCGCACAAAUCUUGCGUCGACUUAAUGAUUAGCGUGGACGCGGUUCGAAGUGAUUGUUACGCCUACGCCGAUAAAGAGAACAUUUGGCCUGUCAGUUUGGCAAACGACAGGAUACAACGCGCAGGGUCGAAUAAAGAUGCGGCGACAUUCGCGAAUGAUGGCGAUAACGACGACCACGAUGAUACUAGUCAUAGAGAUCUCAAUAAUGCCGCAGCCGCCGCUGAUUUACGAUCAAUUGGCGGCAUCGGUUGCGAGGGCGAUGCGUCAGCGUGUUACAAUUUCAGUCAAAUUAGAUUAGCGGCGACGGCGACGGCGAACGAAACGACCGUCUCGCCGACUGCGGCCAGCAAACUAAUCGAAAAUAGAUCAAAGUCCGCGAGUAAGAUGAAAAAUUGCCGGGUACCGAGGCCGCGAACGGCUCACGAUUUAAACCAAAGUCCACGACCAUCGCCAUUUCGCGGAUACUUGACAAAUAAAAUCGAGUGCACGAAAUGCAACUACAAGUCCGUUCUCAGGUACGAUAAAUUCGAUAGUAUUUCGCUUCAUUUGCCGGAGCCGAAUGACGUGAAUGCGCAUACGUUGAGUAGUUUGUUGAAUAAUUUUGUGAAAAACGAACUAAUCAGCGGAAUUACGUGCGAAGGAUGUAACAAGAACCGGCCUCCGAAUACCGAACCAAUUACCGCGCCCGCGGUCAAGCUUUUGCGAUUUGGAAAGUUACCAUCUUGUUUAUGCAUCCAUAUUGUACGUACGUCUUUUCACGAAUACGGCGUGUAUAAACGGCAAGACUACGUAGAUUUUCCCGAGUACAUCGUAAUGGAUCCGUACUUGUAUAAACCGAGAAAGAAUAACGCUUUCACCGUGAAGAAAAAUACGCUAGCAGCAUCCGCCGCCGCAGCCGCAGCCGAAUCAAACAACGGCAACAUCGUUAACGGUGAUUUCGAAGGGUCGGCAACGCAUUCUAGUUUAUUGAAUUCCGCCAAGCACGUGUAUAGACUGAAAGCUGUAAUCGUACAUCGCGGCAGUCAUAACGACGGCCAUUUCAUGACGUACAGACGAGGGACUGCCGGUUCUCAAACACAACACAGGUGCAGUGAUCCGAGGUGGUACUUAGUUUCAGACACAGAAGUCAAGGAGACUACCUUAUACAACGUAAUCGCUUCGGUAGCGUACGUGUUAUUUUACGAAAAAUGUUCAGUUCUUUUGUAGUCUUUAUCUUUGUCAUCGUUUUACCGAUGUUGAUUUCCGUCGUCGUAACGAGUAUGUAAUAAUAACGAUAAUACCUAAUAAUAAUAAUAUUAAUUAUCAGCAUCGACGUCGUUAUUCUGUACAAUUUAAAAUGAAAGAAUAAAAGCAAGUUUUGAAAAUAG